AUGGGGGGAAUUGGCAAGACCAAACUUGUUCAAAGUGUCUAUGGUGAUAACGUUGUCAUACGUCAUUUCGAGAAAAGACUGUGGGUAUGCAUAUCUCAAAAUUCUAAUCUGAAGCAGAUUUUUGGACAGUUAUUAGAAUCCAUUACCGGAACGAAGAAAGAUAUUUCAAACUUGGAUGUCAUGGUGAAUAGCCUCAAAGAAAACCUUCAAAAUAAGAGAUAUCUGAUAGUUCUUGAGGAGAUGUGGAACAACAAGCACAAUGAGUGGGACGAUAUGCUGAAAACUUUGUUGCCCAUUGGGGCUCAUGGAAGCAAGGUAAUCGUGACAACACGAAGUAAUGAAGUUGCUUUAGUGACAAGGUCUGUAUACAGAUAUAGUUUUAACCGGUUGUCCGACCAAGAAUGUUGGAGGCUCUUCGAGAAAAUUGCUUUUGGGUCUGGAGGAGUAGAGAAGACGGAAAAAUUAAUCAAGAUCGGAAAGAACAUUGCGAAAAAGUGUGGAGGAUUGCCAUUAGCAACAAAGCUUCUUGGGGGUAUGAUGUACUCCAAAAGGGGUGAGAAUGAGUGGCUGUCAGUUGAAAAUAACAACAUAUGGAAUCAUCCCGAAGGCGAAGAAAAGAUUAUAAAGAUACUGAAGCUAAGGUAUGAUCACCUGGAGCCACAUUUAAAACAAUGUUUUGCACACUGUUCUCUAUUCCCGAAAGAUCACAUUUUCAAAAGAAAGAAAGUAAUUCAGCUGUGGAUGGCCGAAGGGUUCCUCCUUAGUCCCAGUAAAGAAAGCGCAGAAAUGGAGAAGAUCGGUAAUGAAUAUUUUAACACUUUGCUGAGAUAUUCAUUCUUCCAAGAUGAGCAGAAAAAUGAGUUGGGAGGUGUCAAGUCGUGUAAGAUGCAUGAUCUUGUGCAUGACCUUGCACAAUCCGUUUCUAGAACUGAAUGCUCGAUGAUAAAUCUUAACAAGAUACCAGAAGUGGAAAUUAACAGUCUUCGGCGUGUAAGUUUGUUCUUUGAAGAUGAGUUCUCAUUUGUGGCUAUGGAGUUGUCCAAGGUGAAGAAAUUGCGGACGUUCAUUUCUACUACACCGGAAUUCAUUGAUCAUACUUAUGCCAUGCAGAUUUUCAUGAACUUUAGUCACAUACGUGUUCUGGACAUGAGCUGCAACGCGAUCACCGAGUUACCUCCAUCAAUUGCAAAGUUAAAACACUUACGGGAAAGACAGUGGAUUUCGUAUCGAAGAAUUGAGAGACCUAAAUCUCUUGCUGGUAAAUUACAAAUUCAUAAUUUGGAGAAUGUAAGAGAUGGAAAUGAUGCCCACGGUGCCUGUUUAAAAGACAAACAACAUAUUGUUAGGCUGGACCUAUAUUGGAUCGAAAACGAAACAUGUAAUGAUGCCGUUCGAGAUGAUUUUGACGUGAUAGAAGGCCUCCAACCUCAUCCAAACCUUAGAAUAUUGGGAAUCCACUACUAUGUUGGUUCAAAAUUCCCCACAUGGAUGAUGAGGCCAGAUAAUGUGCUUCCUAAUUUGGUUUUCGUUGUUCUUCUAAAUUGCAGUAAGUGCGAAUAUCUUCCUUCGCUCGGGUCACUUCCUUUUCUUAAGGUUCUCAAAAUAGUAGGACUUGUUGGUGUGCAAACUAUUGGCAGUGAGUUCUACGGUAACAACAAGGGCAAGGCGUCUUCUUUCCCAUCUCUGGAAAAACUCUCUCUAAUUGGUAUGCCAAAUUUGCUAGAAUGGUCAGAUCACAUUUCGUCAUCACCAUCUUCUACUUCUUCAUUUCCUUCAUGUUUUCCUCGCCUAGAGCGGCUGGAGAUCAAGGCGUGCCAUAAAUUAACGGUCAUGCCAAACCGGUUUGCAUCUCUCAAAGUACUGAAGCUUGAACAUUGCAAUGGCGAACCAGUAAGCUCAUUGGUAGAAAGCAAUUUAACAUCCCUGAUGUCCGUGGACAUUGCGUUCUGUAAGGAGCUUGUGUUUCUUCCUCGCGGAUUGCUUAGAGGAAAUAAUAUGCUUCAAAGUCUUGAGGUGUCUAAUUGCGAAAUGUUUCAAGGCUUUAUUCCGGACCAAGAGCUUGAGGAGGAGGAUGACAAGGAGCAAAGGCAUGUACUUAAGAUUUCCACUUCUAGGUUUAUUUGGGCCUAUAGAUUACUUCAUAUACCCAGUAAAAAAGGGCAAGGGGUGUCUAAAUUUGCUGAAACUACCAAUUUACCCUCUAUUAAAUAUUAA